AACCUCCUCCUCUCCGUGUCAUGUGUCCCGUGGCUGCGUCUGCAUGUGGAUCUCAGUACUGAGGAAUAUGGAGCGUCUGACUGCUUUGUGGAGUUUGGGGAUUCUCCUGUUUAUGAGUUUUGGAGGGGUCUUGUGUCAAACCACCAACUACACCAGGCCUGUGUUUAAGUGUGGCGGUGAUCUGGUUGGAGACUCAGGCUUUGUGGGCAGUGAAGGAUUCCCAUCAUUCUACAAACCCAACAGCAAAUGUACCUGGUACAUCACAGUUCCAGAGGGCAAUGUAGUCAUGCUGUCCUUCAGGAUUUUUGACCUGGAGGCUGAUCCUCUCUGCCGCUACGACUAUGUGGAUGUGUAUAACGGACACUCUAAUAUGGUACAGAAGCUCGGGCGAUUCUGUGGAACUUUCCGGCCUGGAGCUCUCAUUUCCACAUCCAACACCAUGAUGGUAGAGAUGGUAUCAGAUUCAGGAACGGGAGGAAGAGGGUUCCUGGCCUACUUCAGUGGAGGAACGCCACAUGUGGAUGAGCACCAGUUUUGUGGCGGGAAGCUCACAAAGUCUCAGGGCUCAAUCAAAACUCCCAACUGGCCUGAGAAAAAUUAUCCAGCGGGCAUCAGCUGUUCUUGGCUUAUAACAGUGGAGCCGGACAUGGUGAUUGAGGUGAAGUUUGAUAAGUUUGAUGUGGAGUCUGACACAUACUGCCGCUUCGACUAUGUGGCGUUCUUUAACGGAGGAGAGAAAGAUGAUUCAAGGCGCAUCGGAAAAUACUGCGGAGACACUGCGCCUCGGGACAUUAUUUCCAAUGGCAAUGUGCUGUUAGUGCAGUUUGUAUCCGACCUCAGCGUGACCUCAGACGGAUUCAUGGCGUCAUACACUAGCAUCCCACGUGGCCUCCGUAGUCCGACUGCAGGUGGCGAUGUUGCAUCAGGGCCAAGAGUGUCAUCCACAGCCACAAAACCCCUUCUCACCCCAGUCAAACCGGUGAAUCCUGUGGUCUUUACAACAGAAGCAACAACUACGACCACUACUAAACAGCCAAAGACGCGAGCCAAACCCGUUAGACCACCCAUUGAACCAAAGCCAGAUGAAUCCAGACCAACCACAGGCACGAAUCCAGUGUGCCCAAAGGCAUGUAAAAGAGAAGGAACCAUCAAGACUAGUUUCUGUGCUAGUGAAUUUGUUAUCACCGGUAAGCUGACAGCUCUGACUUCUGGACCAAGUGAAAGUAUGCAGGCCACAGUGUCCUUAAUUAAGGCCUACAAGACUGGUAGUCUUACAAUCACCCAAGCUGGAGAAACCAUGUCUGUCAAACUUGUGAUGCCCUGCAAGAAAUGUCCAUUGCUGCGCAGAGGUCAAAACUAUAUCCUGAUGGGUCAUGUGGAUGAGGGAGGCCAUGGUGUUCUCACUCCUGGUAGUUUCACUGCCCUGUACAAAACCCCACACCACAAGAUACUGAACAACAUCAACAAGCAGCCGUGCUGAUCUCAUCACUCAGAUCCAUGUUAGCCCGAUCAACCUUCAGAGCACAGACACUAGAUGAAAGCCAUGGACAGUGAUUAGACAACGGCCCAGAACUAGUCUGGAUAUUGAGAGGUAUUUUUUUGGCAUUGCAAUAUAAUGCUCAGGAAGUUAAACACACAGUUUCCAAUCAGCUAUGGUGCUUUUCAAACUUCUCAACUCAGAACUGAAUUGUAAAGUAAAGAUAUUUUUCAUACAGUAUGAGUCUACAUAUACACACAGAGAGAUGUCACAAAAUAUAUUUGUAAUUUAUGAUGAUGUCUUCUAAUACAGGAUUUGUAUAAUACAUUAUUGCAUUGAAUUUA